AUGGCAGGGAAACGAAGCUUGGGUCGUCAGAAGAUUGAGAUCAAGAGGAUCAAUUGUGAGGCUUCUCGACAGGUUACCUUCUCCAAACGCCGGGCAGGCCUUUUCAAAAAAGCGAGUGAGCUCUGUACUCUGUGUGCUGCCGAGAUAGCCAUAAUUGUCUUUUCUCUUGCAGGGAAGGUGUAUUCCUUUGGCCACCCAAAUGUGGGGUCCAUCAUUGAAAGGUUCCUCACUGUAAACAAUCCGCCACAGGAAGCCGUUGUGUUGCCUCUUGUGGUUGCUCACCGUGCAGCCAGUGUUCGAGAGCUCAACCGAAAGUAUACAGAGGUGCUCAACCGAAAGGAAACAGAGACGAAGCGAGCCGAGGCAUUCAACCGAUCGACCGCAGAAGCGAAGCAGAGCGAACCAUGGUGGGAAGCACCCAUUGAAAAUAUGAGAUUGCUUGAGCUGCAUCAGUUGCAAAUUUGUAUUGAGGAAAUUAACCAGACUAUGACGAAACGGGUUGAAGAGCUUUUGGCCAAAGCUGCUGUUACCUCCCCUUUCUUAUCUAUCAAUCCAAUGGGAAUGGUGGAUCAUUUUCCAGCAACAAGAGCUACCCCAAAUCCAAAUAAUGCUUCUUUAAUCAUCCCUCAUGGACAUGGUUAUCGUCUUAGUCUUGGACGUGGUCUUUUCUGA